AUUGUAUGUCAUCUGUCACAUUCAUUUACGUCAAAUAUCGGGUCAUUGUAAUUUUUUAUCAUUUGUGAAUUGAACUAUGGGUGGAAAAUGGAUGUGAUAGUUGUGAAAAAUAUUCAAUUUUUAAUAUUUUGUGAAAUGACUUUUAAUGAGUUUGUAUCGCCAUGGGAGGUUGUAUUGGAAUAACGAGAAGUAGAAGUGGUGCUAUAGACGAUUUCUCAGGAUCAGUCAGUAGACCCAACUCAGGAAGUCAAAGGAAAAAUCACCCUUUAUGCCAUGAGACCAUCAGGUGGAAGUCUGACGUACCCUUGACAGAAGGACAACUUCGAAGUAAACGAGACGAAUUUUGGGAUACAGCUCCAGCUUUUGAGGGCCAGAGAGAAAUAUGGGAUGCCCUCAGAGCCGCUGCUGUGGCAGCUGAAUCGAUGGAUUAUGAAUUAGCACAGGCAAUAUUAGAUGGUGCAAAUAUUUCGGUACCAAACGGCUACCUUACAGAGUGCUAUGAUGAGUUAGGUGCGCGAUAUCAGGUUCCUAUCUACUGCCUUUCUUAUCCUAUCAAUAUUGUGAGGGAAGAUAAUGGUAGGGACUCACCAGCUGAGUGUUCGGAGCCAGUAGAUGGAGGAACCGAGACUGUUUUGAAAUUGAGACUGUCACAUUCAUGUUCAGAUGUGAAACUUUCAGUUUAUUCAACUGAUACUAUUAGUAUGUGCAAGAAGAAAUUACAGAGUCAAGAGGGCAUAGACUCAUCGAAGCAAAGAUGGUUUUUUGGCGGCAAACUACUAGGUGAUAAGCUCCAUGUUGAGGAAGCAAAAGUACCUUCUGGUUAUGUUGUACAGGUCAUAGUGAACUUAGAAAGUUCACCACUACUCAAUAGAUCAUCAUAAUGAAGCAGAUAUAUAUCAGGUAUUUCGUCUCCACGGCGACUCAACAGAGUGAUCAAAUCCAUAGAACGAACAAUUUUUGUAUAGCUGUUAGCAGACUUUUUUCAAAGGCAAAGGUAGUUAGGAUUUGAAUAAAGUUUUCAUAUCAAUAGUUUUAUAUUAAGAACAAAAUAACCAGAUGCAAGGAAAUAUUUCAACGAGUUGAAUUUUUUUAUAUGCUUUUGUAAUGAGAAGUUAACAGUAAAUGACUGAUCAUAAGUGUUAAGUUUUCUAAUUUAUUUGAAUUUCUCAUAGUUAUACGACUGGAUCAAAUCAUAAAUCUUCAGGUUUAUUAUUUUUUUAAUUUUUCCUUGACAAUUCAUUUAUUUUAUUUAUCAGUAUGUAUAGUUUUACGUUGUAAAGAAUCGAAAUAUUGAUUAAAUCAUGUUUGAAGCACCAGCACUAUCAAAGUUCCCGUUUUUCAAAGCUUUUCAUUUAGAUCAGUUGUUUUUUAAUAACACUCCAAAAUUCUAGACACUAGUGUACAUUUUGCACAUUGUUUUAAAAUGUGCAUAUAUUGAUGUUUUGGUACAAUUGCAUUUAUUUAUUUGUUUCACACUCUUUUGACUGAUUCUGGGUAUGAUUUCUUUGUUUAAUUUGUAUAUAAGAUUCGUUCAUUGCAGAUUUAAUAUAUGAGUUGUCCCAGCUUAUUGUAAUAUAUAAUUUAAUCUGCAAUAAAAGUUCAUGUGAUUGUGAAAGUGCUUUACCCUUUGAUUGCUUCUUUAAAAACUGAAGUCAUUUGAUUUUUUUUUUGAGAAAUAGGUCCCAAUUUUGGAGAAGGAAUGAAAUGGAAAGCACCAUGGUUCUACCAUCAUUAAUACAGUAUUAGUCAGAAAUAUUCUUGGCCAAGUUUUCAAAGAAAGAGUACACAACCAUUGACAUUUAUGUGUAUGAAACUCUGGAAUAAUGGUUAUUCAGUAUUUAUAUUCUGAAUUAUCAUGAUCUAGAUGACUAAUAAGUUGUUUUUGACUUUUACUGAUAUGAAGUCUUUAUUUCAAUUCACACGAUAAAAAUAUGUGAACAUGUACCCUUUUUUUAAGCUAAAUAUUUCCAUUUGUAUAUACAAUAAAUUGAUUGAGACUUUCAUAGUCAGGUACCAUUAUAUUGGCCACUUUUUGAAACUGUUGACUGUCGUUUAAUUUCUCAAUAUUUUGCCUUACAAGUAGUUGUAUCUUCAAGAGUGUAGAGAGUAUUCAUACUCCUUUAAAUGCCAAUCACUUCGUUUUAGAGAAAAGAUGAGAAAUCAUUCAAAUAAAUCCCAAAAAGUUAGGAGUUAGGAGAAAGUUCUUAUAAAACAAAGUCUUAUCUUUGAUAUCUGAUUAUUUCGUUAUGUUAUCAAUCAAUACAAUAAAAGCAGAAGGUUUGUUACCCAGAAAUUUGAGCUAGGUGUAAUUUCAGUAAGCACAGGUGAAGGGUACAUAUCUUCGUUUAUCUAACAAAACUCUGUCCGUCCAGAAGAAUAUCAAAUCGGUAAUUUAAUUUCAGGUUCAUAAUCUUCUCAUUCUAAAUUAUCAGGUAUUAGAAAUUGGUCUGGCAGUGUUUUUAUUUUUUUUUUUUUAUUACAACUUCUGGUGUAUGGUAUUCUGAUAUUUUAUAUAGGUAUGACGGAAUCCUGACUCGUUAAAAGAAAAAGGGUAAUGGCUUAAUAUUUUUGUGCUGUUUUCUAUCACUAUAAAUCCCAAUGAUAUUUGUAAUUUCUAUUUGUAUAUUUAUGUAAGUUUUUGGAAAAAUAUAAUUUUAGGUUUUCUUGACUGGAUAGGAUAAUAAUGGUUUUUAAUAUUUUCAAAUCUUAGAAAUUAUGUUGUCAAGUCGACUGAUAUAUUCUUAUAGUUUUUGGAUUAUCUGGAGCCCUCUGAAAAUUCAAUUACAUUCAGUGUGCAAUAUUGUUGGUGUAGUUACUUGGCCCUCCCCAUGCCCAAAACAAACCUAAACAGUGUUGAAGUAACUUUUAUUCUUAUUUUGUUUCUAAAGCAUGUCUAUCUUGAAACAUUACUGGCUUCAAAAAAAUAUUGAAAACAUAAGAAAAACUAAUUUUAUUGAUAUAGAAAAAGAUAUUUCACUUCGCAUUGACUGUCUACUUGAAUUUCGAUUUUAUAUAUAUAUUGUUUCAAUUUGCUUUUAAUGAUGAAAAUAGAUUUGGUUCCAUAAGCAUACAUAAUGUAUUUUUUUAUUCAGAUUAGAACCUUCUUAGACUCCCUAUUAUUUCUAUAUUUUUAUAUCACUGAGGAUACACCACAAAAACACACUAUUGUCUAUUUUCCACGAUAUUUCUUACAUCAAGUCGUCAAUCAAAGAAAUAUUUUUAUAUAUUUCCCAAUAACUUUUUAAUUUCAUUCUCAUAUCAUGGAAAGAUAUAAGAUAGAUAAACUUACUGUAAAUUUCAAGGCAAUAUGGUUGCAUAGCUUUUCACUUUCAUAUAACAGUGAUUUUUUUUAAGGGAAAGUUCAAAAUAAAAAAUGUCAAAAAUAAAGAGAAACAUAUCGAUUCUAUUAAUAAAAUCACUGCUACAAAAAUAAUUUCCGCUAUCUAUAUAUGUUGGCCAAGGGAGAGGCUGUAGGUUUUAUAUAUGAUAUAACAUAAAGUAGCAUAGGGCUCUAGAUAAAAUAUUUCCUAAAUAAUAUGAGAAUUAUAAAACCAUCAUUGACUAUUGUUAAACUACAAAAAGUGUUAAUUAAGGUAUGAUCUGACAGAAGGUUUUCCAAAUGUUUGUAAAUGGAAAACUUAUAAUUAUUUGACUUGCGUUAAAUGGUAUCUUAGAAUUAUUUGAUAGAAGAAACAAAUUUUGGCAAAAUUCAUUUAUUUUCUGGGAAAAAGGUAAUAUCCCUAAUGAAAUAUUUCAGUUGAAACUACAAAACCUAGGAAGGACUGAGACUUGUGGCAUUUUCUCAUCUUUUUAUCAUAAAGGCACAAAUUGCCACAAAAAAUGACCUGAUCUCAAAAGUAAUUCAUUGAUAGCAUAAUCAACAAUAUAUAAAGUAAGAAGGGGUAAGUGCAUGGUGUAGAUUGUAAAGUUCAACUUCAACAAGAAUUUGAAAACCAUCCAUUAAUGUUUAGUUGUUUUUAAUUUUUGUUCGGGAUACCUCUGAAUCACCAACUUUCAAUUGUACAGUUGUUUUUUCCUGGACCUUUAAAAUCAUCAGCUGACUUUUCAAGUCUGGCUAACGCACUUGAAAAAAAAACAACUUCCAAUGAUCUAGUGAAGUUGCUUGCCUAGUGGAAAUCUCACAAUAUAAUGUUACUUGAAUUCCAACAAUCAUUUUCCACUUUGAAUUUCCAAAACUGAACAAAGUGUCGCCAAGUUGUCAACUUUAGAGAUCCUUGCAGCUGACUGAUAAGGCUGAACUCAGCCACCAGAUUGUACCUUUUUUUUUCUCUUAAGACAAAAUGUAUGACAAAAUUAUGCACUUGCACUGCCUUACCUUGAUAUACAUUUUGAAAAUUUGAAGUAAUUGUUUUAACAUGCUCGACACUGGAUGUUCAUUCCAAUGUGAUUUUUUUUUAUAAUAUAAAUGUGCCAUUAUUGUUUCAGGUUCGUUUUGAAUUGUUCAAUAAAAUUUGAAUUUCUAAUUUACUGUUUUUAAAUAACUUCUUGACUUUGAAAUUCCAUAGAUUAACAAACAUUUGAGAAACGCACAGAUCUAGUUAAAAAUAUAGUUGCUGAAUCAAUUCAUAACAUCCAUAACUUCUAUAAUGCUGAUGUUAUUCUAAAUUAUGAUUAUUUUGUUACACUUCUGAGAACCAGUAGCUUCGAACAACAAUAAUACUCGCUGAUAGAUAUUAAAUAAGGACUGUAAGCGUCAUUUUGAACAAUAAAUAAAAUCCUGACAAGAUACUGAAGCAAUAGGAUUUUAUGAUCAAAGCGGGAACACAUGCACACUUUCUCGCUAAGUGGCAGUUUUUGAGAGUUGUUUUAUAUUGAUUGUGUCAGUGUGUAAAUACAUUUAUGAAAUAUAUAAUGAAAUUUUGUUACGAUA